GAGGUAAUGAGCUUAUUAAUAACUUAUGCCAUGCAUUUAACAUCGAACUACAUAAUUCAGGCCCGAUGCUCGGCAAUCCCUGAUUUGUAGCUCACUUUCUACACAAAAUUAAAUAAAACGAGACACAUGUCGUUGAUCCAGCUGCUCUGCCUGAUUCUACUCCCAGUAGCUAUUGAGGGAAACGUGACCGUGGACCAGGACAAGCCAGGCUACAGCCACCUGAGUUCGUUUCUGGUGUCCUUGCGCACUGUGAGGUACGUUCGCCAGCCGGGGGACAACCACUUCUGCACCGGAGUCCUCCUCACAAACCGCCAUGUCCUGACCGCGGCCCACUGCGUUACAGAUAUAAUGGGAAUCCUGAUGAAUCCACACCGAAUUAGGGCCGUCAUCGGAUCACGUUUCUUCGGAAACCCGGAACCCGUGGAGAUAAUCUCAAGAAUCGAUGAAAUACACGUCUAUCCGCUUUACCAAAGAAACAAACGGGACGACAUAGCAGUCCUGCGUUUGAGGAAAACCCUCAACUUUGACGAAAAUCAUUUGGCCAAGGUAAUCAUGGGAAACUCUGAGCUGGAGGUGGGCAGGGAUUGCAAGACUGUCGGCCGAAACUUUGGUGUCAGGAGGCAUAGAUACAACACGACAUAUCCUCUGCGAUUCGCAGAUGUUCAGCUCCGACCUCUCAUGGACUGCAAAAACUCCACCGAAAUUAAGGAGGAGAUCGAUCCCGAGGACGAGGACCUUAUGUGCGUCAACCGUCGAACGAAAAACUACUGUCCCACCGACUUCGGAGGUCCCUUAUUCUGCGACGGCCAGCUCUACGGCAUUGCCUUGGGCGCCAUCAACUGCUCCGAGAGCAAGCCCAUCGCCUUCAGCUACUUGCCGACCUAUACGAGCUGGCUGGACGAGGUUUGCCGGGGAUCGCAGCUGCUGAGCUCCCAAUGGCCGCUGCCCCUCACAUUCCUUAUCUGGGUUUUGGUCAACUUUCACUACGGUUUGGGGCCAGGGCUUAUCUAAAUCUCUCUUGAGGAAAACUCACGAAAAGCAUCCACCCCUUGCAAUUAAUCGAAAAUUGGGGGGAUAGCCCUAGGAAACUUUCGCCUGCAAUCCACCUGUUAAGUGCCACGUGUGGCAAAUGCCACACUUACUUUUGCCAGCGACUUUCCUUUCGACUGUAAACACAGUGAUUUCGACAACGGCUCCAAACUUUGCAACGCUGCAUAAAUCAGAAGAAACUGCCGAAAAAAGCUUAAUAAAUUUGUACAUAAAACAUGAUUGAUAAAGGCCAUAAAUAAUCCCAAUAAUAAAUAGAAAAUUGGUCAGAAAAAAGUAAAAGGCCGCGACACGGCAAUUUGAUGUAACAACCAAUCACUAUUAAUGGCCACGAAAAGCCGAAAAGGUAAAAGAAAUUGCACACACACGCGAGAUACUGAUUUGGCCAAAAAGAAAAGCCAACAGAAGUUAACAAAAACGAGUUUGGCGCUCGCCGCUGAACUCCCAUUGACUUUGGGGCCAGUGGAGACCUGGACCGGUUCUGUCAGUGGCUCAGUGGAUGGAAAGGCUGCCAUAAAUCAGCAAUAAUUAUCUUUUUUGUUGUUCUGCAAUUGGCCGAAAUGCAGGUAGCUCCGUAUCACAAUAGCUGAUAAAUCGAUGCUGAUAAAUUGAAAAUUACGAACACAAUGGGAUGCCGGGAUGAUAAGCUCUGACGAAAAUUGUUCAGAUACAAUACAUACCCACAUGACUGCAUACGGCAUUUGAUUUUUCCUUCUCUCCUGUGGAAAUUGCAUACCAAUUUGCGGUGCAUGGAGGACCGAGCCAUGGUAUCUGCCACUUUUCUUCAGCAAUCCUAGGAACUGAUGGGAACAAUGGGAUGAAUAUACCGGAAUGAUGUAUAUUAAAGUUAAUCCUUUGUUGACUUGUUCAAGGCAUUAAACAAAAAUAGCCCAAAAUAGUCCACUGCAACCCAAUCCUCUUCCCUGUAGAACGCUCCACCAGAAAUCAAAGUACCCGAAUCGAAAAAUUAUAGUCAAAAUCACGUUCUACACAAAAGACGCUUACGUGGCCAAAAAAUGGAAACAAUAGCCACAACAUGGAGCGUGCCAGGAUAUGGAGUCCCAAAUCUGAGUUGAUUUUUAUUGGGACGAGCGAGGGGCAUUAAAUUAAAUCUAUUUGCACAAUUUUUAGAGGGGAAAAGUGAAGUGAAAUGAUUUCAAUAGCCACACAUGGGCAGCAAAAAUGAAAUAAAAAUCACUCUUCACUUCAUGUUGGGGCAAGAGUUUCCGCCAAGGCACAGCCACUGAACCGGACAACGAUGCUUUGUGCCACAAGGCGGCACUGAAAACUGCAGACACGGCACCAAACAAGGAGCAAGACAGGAAUAGGACGGGAGACACUCCACCGAAAUUCUCGCCAGAGCUAAAUAAAUAAAUAUCACUGGACAACGGGAAUGGAUAAAAAAUAGAUUUGUGCGGUGAAUAAACACAUGGACAUGGAUAUGCAGGAGGAGCGUAUGUCGACACAACGUCUCGAAUCGGUGGCGUUGGAUUUCAUAGUCGGGAAUGCGACAUUGCCCAACUUUAGCUCCGGACUCCGGACUCAGCUUGA